AUGUUGGCCAAAGUUUUCGUGUAUGCUCUUCUCCCCAUUGCUGCCAUCAACGCGGCCCCCACUAUCCCUAAGCGUGGACUUCUUGAUGACGUGAAGUCUGCUUGGAGUGUUGCUACCUCGGAUGUUGCUUCUGCCGUACACGGUGUUGAGACUGGUUACCACCUUGGUGUUUUGGAGGCAUCUGCCACGCAGAUCUACGACUCCCUGACGUCCGAGCUCGGCACGGCGACGACCAAGGUGUUCGCUACGGUGACAACCAUCAGCAGCGUCCCAGUUGUUGAGGUGACCUCCGUAGGCGGCGGUGCCAUCACCAUCGCGACGUCUGGUGCUAGCAGCACGAUGACGACAUCCUUUGCCGGACACACCUUCGUCGUGCCCUCCGUCAGCGCGACGUCUUCGCACAACGCUGCUGUCGGCUCCUCGAGCCUAUCACUGUCGAAGCCCAUGCUCGUCAGCGCCGCGACCAUCCUCGGCGGCAUCUUCACCGGCGCGCUCUUCGUGCUGUAG